UCUAUCAUCAGGAAGUGGAAAGCUGGAUAGAACUACAUUCAUUGUAGCUCAAUGAAAAUAAUGAAUUUUUAGAUGAAAGAGUAAAGAAUAAAAUUUUUUUCUUUUUUUUCCCGAAAAGUGUUUUGAAUGUUAGCUAGAAACUAACAUAAAUUUGAAGUUUGGACGGCAUGGACUCGGACAACGAGAAGCCGCGCAAGAAGAAGAGACGGCCGCACUGGAUUGUGAGAGGCCUCGGGCCGAGUUUUACUGCCUGCAUGGGUUUCGUAAUAAGCGUGCUGUACAUCACUUUCCCGUGCGCGUGGUUGGCUACUCAUGUUUCAGUGGCCUAUCCUGUGGCCUCUGCAAUGUUACUAACUGGGACCUUGGUAACUUUCCUGGUGUCAAGUUUCAUGGAUCCUGGCAUUCUCCACCAAGGCCCCCCAUGGCCAGGCACAGCAGAGGUGGCCUAUGUGAUAGUGAAUGGUCAGAGGUAUGAUAUGGACUGGUGCAGUAGGUGUGAGAUCUACCUUCCCCCUGCUGCAUGGCACUGCCGUCGCUGCAAUGCCUGUGUGGACCGGUUCGACCACCACUGUGAGUGGCUGAAUAACUGCGUGGGGAGACGUAACUACCGUGUGUUCCUGCUCUUCCUCCUGCUGCUGACGUCAUACCUGCUCCUGGUCCUCUCCUCCUCUCUGUUCUACCUCUUCCUCACCCUCCUCACCCUGCACCAGCCCUUCAGCCUGCCCCACGCCACCACUGUGGUCGUCAUGGUUACCAGCCUGGCCUGUGUAGUCUUGGUCUUGGUUAUACUCAUCAGUAACAUCAAGCUGAUCUCCAAUGGAGAGCCGUCUUCUACUAUAGAGCCCUACUUUGAGCCUGAUGAUAAGAACCCGUUUGAUCAGGGCUGCUGGAAGAACUGGACCCACGUCCUCUGUUCCCCGACUGGACCCAGGUAUCUGGGGGCUGUGAAGCCCAGCAGCAGAGGAGACACUGAGGGGGACUGGAGCAGUCUAACCCUUCUCCAUCAGGAGGACCAGUGUUUGUACAGCUGCAGCUCAGUCCCCUGUUGUAAUACUUGUAAACAUCACCAGGUGGCGGUAGGCCCAGCCAGCCCAGGCCAUUUCAAGCAUAGCACACUGAGUCUAGACAGUCUGAAGGAAGGGAGAGGGUGUUGCUGCUGCUACAGGGAAGUAGUACCAGCCGGCUGUGUGACAACAGACAAACACAGCGACAACAACAAGCCCCCACAGAGCUCUGCUGUGGAGAUCCCAGAUAUGUUGGCUGCUGGUGAUGAGGACUUGGACCAGGAACGGGAUGGAGUUCUGAUCAGAGCAGCAAAGUAGCUUUACAUCCUGACCACCAGAGGGAGCUGUGUAGACAGUGAAGAGGGGGAGGGGCUGAGUGUGAAGCGGGG